AUGUCGGCCAGUCCAACUUGGAGCUCGCCCGGCCAUGCGCAGCAUGAUUUCCGCACUGAUUCCCACACCACCCCAACAACGCACAUGCUUGAUGCCCUGCUCCAUGCCACGUUUGAUGACGACGUCUUCCGCGAGGACUCCUCCACCGCGCAGCUGGAGGCUGCCAUGGCCCAAAUGUCCGGCUGUGAGGACGCUUGCUUCGCGCUCACGGGCACAAUGGCGAAUCAGAUCGCCCUCCGCGUGCUCUUUGAGCAACCGCCAUUCGCGCUCCUCACAGACAAGCGCGCCCACAUCCUCAACUACGAAGCCGGGGGCACCGCCUACCUGACAGGCGCAAUGAUGCAACCCGUCGCACCCUCCAACAACCUUUAUCUCACCCUCGAGGACAUCAAGCCGCGCAGCGUCAUCACCGAUGACGUGCAAAAGGCGCCGACGAAGGUGAUUUCGCUGGAAAACACCGCGCAUGGGGCCAUCACGCCACUGGCGGAGAUGCGACGCAUCAGCAUCUGGGCACGACAGCACGGGAUCAAGCUGCACCUGGACGGGGCCAGGCUCUUCGAGAGUAUCGCUGCGGGGGCUGGCAGCAUGCGCGACUUUUGCGCACUCUUCGAUACCAUUCAUCUCGACUUCUCGAAGAACCUGGGCGCCCCCAUCGGAACGAUGGUCCUCGGAUCGCGCGACCUCAUUACCCGGGCGCGGCGAGUACGAAAGGCCUUAGGUGGUGGACUGCGCCCCACGGGACUGAUCUGUGUGAUGAUGCGUACGGCGAUUGAGGAGAAUUUUGGGUGGGAGGGUCGGGGAGAGCGGGCACACGGGAUGCGCAGGUCGCAUGCGAUGGCCAAACGCCUGGGCACCGAGUGGCAGCGGCGUGGGGGCAGACUGGUACGACCCGUGGAGACGAAUAUCGUCUGGCUGAACAUUCGGGCGGCCGGCUAUACGGCCGAUGCUUUUGCGGGCGUUGGAACGAGAUACGCGGUCAAGCUGGAUGGAGGGAGGCUAGUUGUGCACUAUCAAAUGACCGAGGAAUCGGUGCAGCGGAUGCUACGAGUGUUUGAUGAGUGUUUGGCGACUAGCAAGGCUCGGCUCUAG